AUGCCAAUAGGUAUCGAUUUCAAGCACAACUCUUUGGACAAGAUCGAACGAUAUGAAAAAGAACUCAGGGCUAAAGAGGAGAGGAUAAUGAACUUGGAGACAGAGAAUGCCAUGCUCCGUCUUCGGAUAGCACAAUUGAUGAGGAGUCAACAGGCAACAUGUGAUGGAGCCACAAUUGCACGUUUUCAUUACCAGCAGCAAAUGGAUUCCUUGACUUCUAAAUCAAAGCAGAAAAUACAGGAACUCAAGCAGAACCUGUUCCAGACUAAAGAAGAAAUGAGACAAUUUGAGCUCAAGGCAUCAGAACAGUUGCAACAUGUUAGCCGAGUGGUGCACCAACAAUUACAAAGUUCCAGAUCUGAGUGUUCAACUGUAUCAGACUUACAGGAAUCUGUGAUCAGUUUACGCAGCCAGCUUAAAGACAUUACAGAAAAACAUGACAAAGAAAAGAAAAAGAGACGUCAACUUCAUAAUGAUCUGAUGAACAUAUCGUCUUUUUCUCUUUCUUCUCUUAUUUACGGUAUCCCUUCAAGAUCUUCUUUUUCUUUUUCUUCUCUUAUUUACGGUAUCCCUUCAAGAUCUUCUUUUUCUCCUCCUCUUAUUUAUGGUAUCCUUUCAAGAUCAUCUUUUUCUCCUCCUCCUCUAUUUGUGGUAUCCCUUCAAGAUUGUCUUUUUCUCCUCAUCCUCUUAUCUAUGGGAUCCCUUCAAGAUUUUCUUCUCCUCCUCCACCUCUUAUUUACGGUAUCCCUUCAAAAUCAUGUUUUUCUCCUCCUCCUAUUAUUUAUGGUAUGCCAUCAAGAUCUUCUUUUUCUCCUCCUCCUCAUUUAUGGUAUCCCCUCAAGAUCUUCUUUUUCUCCUCCUCCUCCUCUUAUGUACGGUAUCUCUUCAAGAUCUUCUUUUUCUCCUCCUCCUCUUAUUAAGGUAUCCCCUCAAGAUCUCCUUUUUCUCCUCAUCCUCUUAUUUAUGGUAUCCCCUCAAGAUCUUCUUUUUCUCCUCCUCCUCCUAUUUACGGUAUCCCCUCAAGAUCUUCUUUUUCUCCUCCUCCUCCUCUUAUUUAUGGUAUCCCCUCAAGAUCUUCUUUUUCUCCUCCUCCUCCUCUUAUUUAUGGUAUCCCUUCAAGAUCUUCUUUUUCUCCUCCUCUUAUUUACGCGGGUCCUUUUUGGCAUACCUCCAAUCAAAAAUUCUGACAUUUUUCUUCAUUUUCAUUCUCUUUAUUGUUUUUCUUUUUUCACUUUCCUUCUCUCUUUUGAAUUUUCACACUUCAUUCUUUGGGUUCCUUUGUCACUCAUUCUCUUUCCUUUUUUAAUUCCUUCUUCAGUUUAUUCUUCUUUUUAUUUCUUCCUUUUCAUUCUUCUCACAUUGUUCUCUCUUUACUUUUCAGCAAUUUUUUUCUUUUCUUCACCCCCUCCAAUCUUAUUUUCAUCUGUUUCACAACACUCACAUAUUCCAGUCUACAGAGAGAUGGAGAGGUAA